CUCUACAAAGCUUUCGCCCGGCUUUCUCACUGCUCCACUCUGGCCUCACCAUCCCUGCGUCCACCUCAGCCCUGUGCACUGACCUUCUGUGGACAGUUCAGCUUUUCCUCUCCUUGUGUCCUGCAGCUGACAGAGGACAGAGGACAACAUGUCUGCGGUUACGGGCACAUUCCGGAUCGUCUCGGAGGAGGAGCAGGCCCUGCGCACCAAGCUGGAGCGCCUCACCACCAAGGACCACGGCCCCGUCUUCGGGAAGUGUGAGAAGAUCCCCCCACACACCCUGCAGAAGGCGAAGGAUGAGCUGAACGAGAUGGAGGAGCAGAGGGGGGUGGCGGUGAAGGCGCUGCGGGAUCUGGUGCAGGAGCACGCGAGCGGCGACGACGUUUGCAAGGCGGUGGCCGAGAAGGUGCAGGGGAAGGAUGAUUCCUUCUUGCUCCGCUUCAUCCGUGCCCGCAAGUUCGAUGUCCACAGGGCCUAUGAGCUGCUGAAAGGCUACGUGAACUUCCGCCAGCAGUACCCUGAGCUCUUUGAGAACCUGAGCCCCGAGGCCGUGCGCAGCACCAUCGAGGCCGGGUAUCCCGGCAUCCUGGCCAGCAGGGACAAGCAUGGGCAGGUGGUGAUGCUCUUCAACAUCGAGAACUGGGAUUACGAGGAGAUCACCUUUGAUGAGAUCCUUCGUGCCUAUUGCAUUAUCUUGGAGAAGCUGCUGGAAAACGAAGAGACCCAGAUCAAUGGGUUCUGCAUUGUUGAGAACUUCAAGGGCUUCACUAUGCAGCAGGCAUCAGGGAUCAAACCCUCUGAGCUCAAGAAGAUGGUGGACAUGCUGCAGGACUCCUUCCCAGCACGGUUCAAGGCCGUCCACUUCAUCCACCAGCCUUGGUACUUCACCACCACCUACAACGUGGUCAAACCAUUCCUGAAGAGCAAACUGCUGGAGAGGGUCUUUGUGCAUGGGGAGGAGCUGGAGUCCUUCUACCAGGAGAUUGAUGCUGACAUCUUGCCAGCUGACUUUGGUGGCAACCUGCCCAAGUACGAUGGCAAAGCAACUGCAGAGAAGCUCUUCGGGCCCCGCAUCGAGUCGGAAGACACAGCUCUCUAAAGCAGGGGCCUGCUCCCCCUGCCCUGUACAGUAGCAUCAGAGGUGGCCCUCUAACCCCAGCCACCUCCUUUCUGUAGCAUUGGUCGAGUGACUGCUCGUGAUGAGGCGCUCUGGGCACGUUGCUCCACGCCUGUCCCUCCCCUCCCCACUCCAGGCAGCGGGGCUGCCCGGCAGCUCUGUCCCUCCCGGGCAGAGCACCCUUCCCUUGGGAGCCAGCAGAGAAAGGAGGCCACCAGCC